AGCUGGGAAAAUAGACACAAGAAACUGAAUAAUAUUAUGAGAAACAUUUUAAUGAAUUAAUUCUUUAUCGUUUGCUCAAACCGUAUUUUUGUGGAAAAAAAUGAUGAAAAACCGAGACGAAGGGUCCGUCCGCGAAGAGAGCCGCUGUUCAGCGGUUUCGACAUAGCGGCGCUCCGAGUCCGAGCAGCCGAGUCACAUGUGGAGGAAGCAGGAAGUGGAUGGAGGCUCUCGCGCACUGCAGUCACGCACGGCUCUCCACGCGCACAGUUCACACGGUGCUUGCGCUACGGUGUGGCGACACGGGCAGCGGGGGCGUGCGCGCGCGCGCGACGACGACGCGGAGCACGAGCACGAGCACGAGCACGGGAACGCGCUCGCGGGACCCUGACAUGGUGGUUGCGUGAGGAGGUCCGGGACGGGAGCGGCGGGUCGAGAUGUUUGAGAAUUUCCGGGAGAGACUGCAGACCGUGCAGCAGGACCUCACGAGCGGAAUAAAGACACUGAGUGACAAAUCAAAGGAUGUGAAGAAAAAGAAAAAACAAAGGGAGUGCAAUCUUUCACAGUUUAUGGCUGGAGCGGAGCUGCUCAGAUGGUACGAAGACAGCUGGGUUGCCCUCCAUAAACGAGCUAAGGAAUGCGCUAAAGCUGCAGAGGCGGUGGAUGGGGAGGUGGUGAUGCUUUCGGCUCACUGGGAGAAGAGACGCGCUGCCCUGGGGGACCUCCUGGACCAACUGCAGCAGAUCCCUGCCUUCCUCGCCGAUCUGCAGUCCAUCACCACCCGCAUCGCGCACCUGGAGGCCGACUUUGAGGAGACGGAGAGUCGGCUGAUGCACCUGGAGAACCUGUGUGGUCAGUGUGAGCUGCAGCGCUUCAAGGAGCACCGGAGGAUGCAGCUGGAGAACUACAAGAAGAAAAAAAGGAAAGAACUGGAGUCUCUUAAAGCGGAGCUGGACGCGGAGCAUGCUCAGAAGGUUCUGGAGAUGGAGCACUCCCAGCAGGUGAAGCUGAAGGAGAGACAGAAGUUUUUUGAGGAGGCCUUCCAGCAGGACAUGGAGCAGUACCUUUCCACAGGAUACCUGCAGAUCGCAGAGAGAAGAGAGCCUAUAGGGAGCAUGUCUUCAAUGGAGGUCAACGUGGACAUCCUGGAGCAGAUGGACCUGAUGGACGUGUCGGAUCAGGAGGCACUGGACGUGUUCCUCAACUCAGGAGCGGAGGAAAACAAUGCAGCCUCACCAGCACUGGGUACAAAUCCAGAACCGGACACCCUGGACUCUGAGGUCACGCUACAGGUGCCCACGCGGGCCGAACUCCACCACGAAUCGUCCUCCUACUCCUCCACCGCCACAGAAACGGAAGGGGCCGAGGAGACCAGCGAGGAGGGCAGCGCCUCCCCUGUGGUGCAGUCGGAUGAGGAGGAGGUGCAGGCUGACACUGUCCUGGAGACGCUGCCUGAUAGCGAGUCCCUCAAGAACUCUGACGACAGCGACUCGCAGGCCUUGUAGGCUGGGACUCAGCAGCUGUGAGGGACUGCUCAUCUGCCCAAAAUUGCUCUACUGCCUGCUUUCAGUAUCAGGAGGGGAAAGAGGUCUUCAGUCAUUUCUGGUGUUUCUGUUUAUGAAACCUCCCAAAACUCCCCUUUUCCUCUC